UUACAAUUAAUGCCCUUCCUCCAAAUCAACCCACACAAAACUCACAACUUUACACAUCCAAACACCCCCUAAUAAAAUUCUCCAUCUCCCUCCCAUGGGCAAGAAAAUGAAGCUCCUCCCUUCCCUUUUCAAGAACAGAGAGAUUCUGCAGAGUUCAUGGCAAUGGCCAUCUUGCUCCCAAGCAAAAACCCUUUCUUUCCGGGCACCCUCCGGCAAAAAAACGGCCAUUUUCAAGACUGUAAACUCCGUGUUCUCCGACGGGGCUGAUGAAUCGCCGGAAUCCUGGUUCACCAACACGCCGGAAUCCACCAUGACUGAUCAUUCCGAGGACAGCCACGUGGAAACCAUCAUAGCCGGAGUAAGAUCAUCGGAGAGGCUGUUUUUCGAGCCCGGAGAACAGAUCAUGGCGGAUCAGAUAAAGGAAGAAGAUGGAGAAAGUCCAUUCAAGGAAAGUGUGAUUCUUGCCAUGGAAUCAGACGACCCAUACCGGGAUUUCAAGAAAUCCAUGCAAGAAAUGGUGGAGAGCUAUUCCGGGGUUAAGGAUUGGGAAUGGCUGCAGGAGCUUCUUGGGUGGUAUUUGAAGAUGAAUGGGAAUGGGAAUCAUGGGUUUAUAGUAGGAGCUUUUGUGGAUUUGCUUAUUGAACUUUCUGCUCCCAAAACUUCUGAGGAUUCUCUCAGCACUUCAUAUUCAUCUGCUGUUUCUUCUUUAUCUUCCCCUACUUCUCCUUGGUCUCCUCUAGGUCACAACGAGAUUGUGGAAGAGCAAGGAUGAAGAUAAACUUUCAUUUUUUUCCUUUUUAUGGGUAUAUUAUUUUUGGGAUUCAUUCCGAGGGCUCCCACUUGCUCUAGUCUCGGAGUUUUAGUGGAGGAGAUAAAUUAGGAAAUGUACUUUAGCAGCUUACUAGUUCACCAAAUGCAUGUAUAUUAUUAUUUUAUUAAGUAUAAAGUCCCGAGAGCUUCCAUUUGCU